GUUUUCAUACCAAGGAUCCAUAUAUCUGCCGUCCACAAAACAACAUCAUCAAGCCAAGUGAUCAACACUUACACUUGCUAUCUAGCAACAGCUACAGCUCUUUGAGCUUCACUCACGACCAUCACCUCGCCUAUCAUCAAUAUCACAACCGCAACAAUGUUCGGCUCAUACAGUUCCAUCAGCUCUAUGUGCGCGUCUUCAGCGCCCAUGGAUAUCGCGUCUCGCAACAUCUACCGAUCUCAGGAUUCCGCCUGCGCUUUUCCAUCAUGGCCCCGACGCGACUCUCUCUCCGAGUCUGAUCGAGAGGAGCGACCCACCUCUUAUCUAUCCGACGACGAUCUGUUCCUCUCCGAUCCCUUCGACGACGACGCCCAGAGCGUCUCCAGCGCCGGAAGCUCUUCUCCUGGUGCCAUGGCCUCUCCUCCCAACGUCAUCACCGACUUCGAGCUCAUCCAGGCUGAGCGCGAACGCCAGGCCGCUUUGCAACGCGAGUGCCUUCGCGUUGUCGCCCUCGAGAAGGAGCGUCGACGUGCCGCCGCACGAAAGCAGCGCCGUAGCAGUUCUCACAAGAAGAGUCCCAAGACCAAGCUCACCUCCAUCAACGAGGAGGCUAUUGAGUAAACAAGCUCUGGGAACUUCUUAAUGACUGUUACGAUUUACGAUAGCGCUGCGUUUUGCAUUUACAUGGCAUAUGAUACCCCAUCAUGAUACCCCACACAACACAACUACAGCAUCGCAUGUGCGCAAUAAUAGCUGCACAUGCCAGAUUUAUCUACACCACUAUUCCAUCAUUUGAGAUGGGAAAUCUCUUCACACAACCACAACCGAGCAA